AUGAAUCGCUCCCUUAUUAAGGUUUUAGCAGCUUUAUUCACAUAUCUGAUGGAGACAUACAACUUCAGAGUUGUGGACGCCAAGGAGCACGAUUCCAGAUCAUCCUCCAACCUGUCUCCAUCAGACUUUCUGGACUCACUCAUGGGUCGCACGUCUGGGUAUGAUGCGCGAAUAAGACCGAAUUUUAAAGGUCCCCCUGUAAACGUUACAUGCAAUAUUUUUAUCAACAGUUUCGGCUCUGUCACAGAGACAACUAUGGAUUACAGAGUGAACAUCUUCCUGCGGCAGAAGUGGAAUGACCCUCGGCUGGCGUACAGUAAAUACCCAGAUUCCUCCCUUGACCUGGACCCAUCUAUGCUGGACUCCAUAUGGAAGCCUGACCUCUUCUUCGCCAACGAGAAAGGAGCCAACUUCCAUGAUGUCACCACAGACAACAAGCUGCUGAGGAUCUUCAAAGAUGGGACUGUCCUCUACAGCAUCAGGUUGACUCUCAUUCUAUCGUGCCCGAUGGAUCUGAAAAACUUUCCAAUGGAUGUCCAAACUUGUACGAUGCAACUGGAAAGUUUUGGAUACACCAUGAAUGACUUGGUGUUUGAGUGGCUGGAGAACGGUGCAGUACAGGUGUCGGAGGGACUCACCCUGCCUCAGUUUAUCAUGAGGGAUGAAAAGGAGUUGGGCUACUGUACCAAACACUACAACACCGGGAAAUUUACCUGUAUUGAAGUUAAAUUCCACCUGGAGCGCCAAAUGGGCUACUACCUGAUCCAGAUGUACAUUCCUUCUCUCCUCAUUGUCAUCCUCUCGUGGGUGUCUUUUUGGAUUAAUAUGGAUGCUGCUCCAGCCAGAGUGGCGCUGGGAAUCACCACUGUGCUUACCAUGACCACCCAAAGCUCUGGGUCCAGGGCUUCUCUUCCAAAGGUCUCCUAUGUGAAAGCCAUUGAUAUCUGGAUGGCUGUGUGUCUGCUCUUUGUAUUUGCUGCAUUGCUCGAAUAUGCUGGGGUUAAUUUUGUCUCCAGGCAACAGAAAGAGUUCCUUCGCCUGAGGCGAAGACAAAGGAGGAAUCACAAGGAUGAUGAUCUGCGUGAAGGCCGCUUUAAUUUUGCCGGCUACAACAUGAGCCAAUGUCUGCCAACAAAGGAUGGCUCGGCUGUUAAAAAUGCUGUUCCAGCUCCCAACCCUCAACAACCAGCCUCAAAGGACAUAGACACCAUGAGGAAAAAGUUUGUGGACAGAGCCAAGAGGAUCGACACGAUCUCACGGGCCGCCUUUCCUCUGGCUUUCCUCAUCUUCAAUGUCUUCUACUGGGUUACCUACAAGAUCAUCCGGCAUGAGGACAUCCAUAAAAAGUAAAGACUUUGCCGUCGGCUGAGAACAUAUUUUACAUUUCUCAGAUUGAGAAAUGCUUAGAAAGCACAGGGAGAUGAGAGGGUAAACUGUGCAUUGAGAGGCACCAUUGUGGUAAUGGUGGUGUUCUUUCAGGGAUAACGUACAAUAUUUAUGAAUCGUACAGUAAUGUUCAUGAUUUGAUAAUGUGAACAGUUGUUCAGACACAGAUGCUUUAUUUGUUCUUGUACUGCUGCAAAAUAUUUUCUGAAGAUUAUAGAGAAAAGGUCUUAGCUCAAGACUCACUAACAUGCUGGAGAAGAUGGACCAAAAUGAUUUUGAAUUGAUUCAGACUUGAGGUCUACAACCAAGAAACAGAGGAACAUUCCAUGAAUCCGUAACUCUAAGGUAGCUCUGUCAAGCCCUCAAGAAGUUUUGCAAAUUUUCUUACCGAGGUAGCAUAGGACUGUUUUAUAAUGUACUUCUGUCAUAGAACUUCCACCCUAUUUAUACAAAACAUAGCUCUCACAUAGCAUUACAUAACUUUUGGGGCCAGGGACCUCUAAAAAACAUGUUUCAAGAAACCCUUAACAAUUGUAACACCAAAUUAGCUGAUGUGGUCUUAGAAUCGCUGGAUGACGUUGAAUAACUCAGUUUCUUAAUGCUUGUCUGCUACUUAGAUGGCUAACAAGCCAAGCUAAACAGCACCCCGUCCAGACUUUUUUUCCUUUUUUUGCACAGUUGUCACACUUACAUGUUUCAGAUCAAUUUUAUUAUUAGACAAAGACAAUAUGAAUAAAUACACAAUGUAUUUUUCAAAUGGUGAUUUCAUUUAUUAAG